GUUACCAAGGAUCUCUAUUUUCACAAUUCUUUUAACGAUUCUCUUGUUUAGACUUUGCAGUUACUUACCAGUGUCACAUAUUCCUGCUUGAAUUAUGUAUUCCCUUAUAGUGGUUAACCAACUGUAACAUGAUUCGACUCACUCUACUCACACUUCUCGCCAAUGUGGCUUUGCCUUAUCCUGAGGGCAGAAUGGGUACAGAAUUCUGCAAGGAAAGACGGCCAGGUUUAUUUGGACAGGAUUGCUCGUCGAACGUAACAAUCUGCAAUUCUCUUGGCAAGGAGAUUUGGCUGAUGUGUCCAUUUGACUUAGUUUUCGAGGAUUCUCUAGUAGAAUGCGUAGAUUACCGGAUAAGUUCAAGUUGCCCCAUGAAAGAAAAGCAAUCGAAGGAGGAAAUCGAGACACUUGCUGACCUGCCGCGAGCCUUCUGUGAAUAUGCUCCUGAAGGACUGCAUGCCUUGACCGGAUGCUCUCCUUCCGUCAUCCUCUGCACGUCGGAAAUAGCCAGCCUCAUGGAAUGUCCAGAAGACUAUGUCUACGAUGGAAAAAGAUAUUCAUGCGUGGAACCAUCAAAACUGGAGUCAUGUAAUCCCAACGCGGCUGGUGACACCACCACAAGUUCCUCUUUGUCUACAGCAUCUCCCGAAACAGAGCCAAUUUUGAGUGGGAGAGGCUGCGAAGGAUUAGCCGAUGGUUUCUACGAAUUUGCAAACUGCUCAUCGUACUAUCUGACAUGUUCCGGUGGUAUAGCUCGAAUUAUGAAAUGUCCAGGUCUACUUAUCUAUGAUAGAAGGCUGGGGGUUUGUAACUAUGGACGAGACACUGAGUGUGCUAACCAAGUUGAAAAAACCGAUGUGUGCAAGGAAGAUGGUUUCUAUUCGUACGGAAACUGCACGGACCUGUUUUAUGCUUGCUCGAACGGGCGUCAAAUCACUAUGCACUGUCCAGCUGACCUAGCAUUCGACCAAGGCAGACGACUGUGUGAUUACAAGUACGCUGUAGAUGUAUGCAAGGAAAGUGUGGGAACUACUGUGGAAGUACCUACGGCAGCACCUGUCGAAGAGACCACACGAAUUCUCGUGGAAGAAACUACCACUGUGACGCCUGUUGAAGAAGUCACUAGAAUUGUCAUAGAAGAAACCAACGAGUUACCCUCUGAGAGGACGACUGUGUUUCCUGCGAGAGACUUCAUUGAGCAGCAUGGAAGAGAUUUCUUUGAGCAUCACAGGAGAGAGCCCGUUGAAACAGCCACAGUAGCAGUGACGGAGGAGCCUGAAAAGGUGCCCAUGAUGACGACAGAAAUCCCCACGGAGACUACUAAGGAUCACGUCGAGUUUAUCGAAGAUCGUGGGAAGGAGUACAUCGUUUACUACGGAAAGCCGGAGGAAGCGUUUGGUGUGGAAACUACCACCAUUCCUAUGGAAACGAAGGUUCCCUUAAAAGAUACAGCUGCAACUGUCAUACAAACUAAGAACCUAGAGGAAUACAUCAGAGACCAUCACGAAUCCAUGGAAGAUUCUGCAAAGCAAACUACCGAGAUGCCUGUCAUGCAACCUGUCGAACAUGAGAAGUUUGCCGACGCUACCGAGGCGCCUGUGAGGGUACUGAUCGACAAGUAUGGCAGAGAAUUCAUCGAAAGUCAUGUUAGUGAUUUCUCUGAUAUGCAGGAGAAGCAAUACGCAGCCGUAGAAGUAUCUGGGAAACCAACUACAGAGAUGCCGUUGAUGGCAGCUACUGAACGCCAAGAGAGAGAUUACGAAGUCUGGCACGGACUAGAGUUCAGCCAGCCUCGCGGAGAAAGUAUAGACUUUAGCAGAUCCGUGCAUGCGCAAGAGGAGAAGUCGAAGGCUCAAGCAUCGCAGAAGUACGAAGGAGAGAGCGUGAAUUUGCAUGGUGCCGGUGAUGUUACAGGAAAGCUCCGCGGUAAGCUUUCCGGUGAGUACGCUGGUGAAAUUGCAGGCGAAUUCGCUGGUAAAGCCGAGGGCCAGUACAUGGGUGAAGCAUCAGGGAACUUCAUUGGUGAUGUCAGCGGCCUGUCGGUAGGAGAGGCAUCAGGCAGAUUUACUGGUGAAGCUCAAGGCCUGUUCAUUGGAGAGGCAUCCGGAAGAUACACCGGCGAAGGGGAAGGACUGUUUGUGGGAGAAUCUUCAGGCGAUUUCACUGGUGGAGCUCGAGGCCAAUUCAUGGGCAAUGCAGCAGGACAGGUCGCAGGCGAGUUUACCGGAGGAGCGUUGGGCGACUUCUCAGGCCACUUCUCGGGCGAAUUUUCUGGCUUAGCUGAAGGAGAGCAGAUCUCGCGGCAAUUCUCGGGUGAAUCCAUCUCGGGCGAGUAUUCUGGCGACUUCUCCGGUGCAUUCAAAGGAGAUUUUGCUGGUGAAGCAUCUGGCAAGUUCUCUGGUGCUUAUGUAGGAGAAGCUGCAGGCGAAUUCACAGGCGAAGCUUCAGGAGCAUUCUCUGGAGAUACUUCAGGACUAUUCAUGGGAGAGGCUUCUGGCGAGUUCUCGGGAUUGGCGGCAGGAGCAUUCCUAGGACAAGCUUCUGGCGACUUCUCAGGAGAUUUCUUAGGCGAUUACUCAGGCGAAGUGUCGGGAGAAUAUUCUGGAGAGAUAUCAGGCGAUUUCUCUGGUGAAAUCUCCGGCGACUUUUCCGGAGAGAUGUCAGGAGAGCUCUCUGGUGAGAUGUCGGGAGAGUUUUCGGGGGAAGCAUCAGGUUUUUCGAGUGGAGGAUUGUACGAGAAGGAAGCAUCUACAACGAUCAUGGCCGAACCAAGCACAACGCCCAUGGAAAUGUCGACACCAAUAAUGGAGGAGAGUACUACACGAGUGGACGAACCGAAGAUAAUCAUGUAUGAACCGAAGGUGAUCGUGGUUAAACCGAGAAGUUCGUACACAUCCAUGCCAAGCACUACGCCCAUGGAACCAAGCACCACGCCCAUGGAACCAAGCACCACGCCCAUGGAACCAAGCACCACGCCCAUGGAACCAAGCACCACGCCCAUGGAACCAAGCACCACGCCCAUGGAACCAAGCACCACGCCCAUGGAACCAAGCACCACGCCCAUGGAACCAAGCACCACACCCAUGGAACCAAGCACCACACCCAUGGAACCAAGCACCACACCCAUGGAACCAAGCGCACCAACCGAAAUGUCCGGGCAAAUGAAUGAGCCAAGAAUAUUAGUGAUUGAGCCGAGGAGAUCUAUGCCUGAGCAGAGCACGACGCCAAUGCUCGAACCAGCUGAGGUACCUGUGUUUGAACCUGAACCACGAAUUUUUAUGUUCGAGCCAAGGAAGAAAGCUAUACCUGAACCAAGCACAACAUCCAUUCCUGAGCCAACCGAGGCACCUCUGGAUGCAUUCGAACCGAGAAUAAUAAUGUUUGAGCCAAGAAGGAGAGCCAUGCCCGAGCCAACGACCGAACCAGCCGAACUAGCCGAAGCGCCAUUAGCGAAACCAAGAGUGAUCCUGGUCGAAACCAGGGAAAGGCAUACAUCUAAGCCGACCACUACAUUCACGCCUGAGCUAUCAGAGAUCCAACCAAGGUAUAUCGCGUUUGAGAGAAAAACAACAUCCACGCCAUUGACAACCACGACUCUUAUGAAUGAGCAAGAGCUAGCUGAUGAACCAUUCGAUUUGUCGACAUUCUGUAAGGACAAGCCCGACAGUUUUUACGCUCAUGGUUGCUCAUCUGAAAUGAUUGCCUGUGUUGCUGGAGCACCACAGUCCAUGCUUUGUCCUGCUAAUUUGAUUUUUGACGAACACAAGCAAAUUUGCGAGUAUCCAGAGAAUGUACCAUGCUAUAGAGGCGAGAAGGAAAAGCAAGAAAAAUGCCAAGGGGAUGAAGCAAUUGCUCGUGGACCAUGCCAGAACACUUACACAAAAUGCGUAAAAGGAAGGCCUUACACCCUUUCCUGCUACAAUGGCCAAGUCUUCUCCCCGGAACAUUUAACGUGCAAAGAUGUGCAAGAAGUGCACGGGUGCUUUUAAGAAGAAAUCUUAUGGAUUAGACUGUUGAUAAAUUAUAACGCAUGCUGUGAUAAUAUGAAUAAAUUUUUUUUCAAUCUAGUU